AGAUCGAUUUUUUGUUUGCUUUCUUUUAAUUUCAAAAGAUCUGUAUUUUUUUUGGGUGGUGGGAUCGAUGGUACUGUAUGGAUGUCACGUUCAGUACGAGUUGGGAACUGUUAUCUACAAUUUUUUCUAUUUUUAAUUCUUAUUUCAGGUUCAGAUGGGUAUAAAAUAUUCAUUAUCUCCGUCACGACAAUAUGAAUUUUACUCGUAACCUUUUCAGGUCGUUGGGUGUUAGAGACCUCGCUUAUCUCAGGGCCAGCUUUUAAAUGGGGCGCCAAGAGGGGAUUUUUAUGUAAAUUUUAUAUAUAUAUACACAGCUAUACAAUGCAUUUUAUACUUAUAGAAUUCAUUCUAUAGCUAUACAAUUCAUUCUACAAGUAUAUAAUAUUUUAAUUCUAUAAGCGUAGAUAGAAUUCAUUUUAUAGCAUAUACAUUUCAUUCUAUAACUACAUAUAAUGAAUUAUAUAUAUACAAUUCCAUUCUAUAAGCGUAGAUAGAAUUCAUUCUAUAGUUAUUCAUUUUGUUCUAUACUUAUAUAUACAAUAUAUACAACAAUCAAAAUGACGUGGACCUUAUGUUAAAAUAACAAUGCAUGCGAUUGUGUAGCCUAUGGCCCAGUCGUUGCUUGUGAGGUUUGCGAUAAUCGUGAAAAUUAGCCAUGGCAGAGCUUAUAUGGUACUACUUAUACACGCCUCCACUGCCAUAUUUGUUUCAAAUCUUGUUACAUAUAUAUAUAUCCUGAUACCUGACUUCUUUUAUCACACAUCCUAUAUAUAAUCAUCACCACCAUAAACCUUCACCUCCUCGACGACUGGUUUCUGAUACAGUUUCGAGAAAGCUGUGUCCAUUAUUGCGACCAGCCAGCCAGACAGCGGGCAGGUGAGGACGGGGUAGGGGCGACGUUAGAGGAUGGGGAAGGGGAUGGUCGAGGGGCGAAAUGUUUUUCUGCAAGUGUUUACAGAGGAAAAAAACUUCGGGCCUGUUCGGUACUGUCCGGCAGAUUGCGGGCGCUGUAUUCGUCCUACUUCUGCCAGCAAACAGUUGGGAUUCACAAAUGCAAUGUGUGACAUACAAAUAAUGCCCCAAGACCAGAUCGGAAUCCCGGACCUCUCACUGCAAUGGUGACAAGCGAGUGUUUUAACACUACAUAACAGAUGAAAACAUGGAGUUGGUGACACUGCGACAGAUACAGGAAGCACAGAGAUGUCUUCUUGACAGUGGAUUGGUAAUUCAAACUCCUCUUCUAAAAGAUUCACAAGCAAUGUUUCCAGGCCUUGGUCACCUUCAUUUGCACCUGAAACUUGAAAAUAUGCAAACAACAGGCUCAUUUAAGAUCCGUGGAGUGAUUAACCAGCUUGAAAGCAUCCUACACAGUGGAGAACUCAAUCACAAACAGCUAGUCACCAUUUCUGCAGGAAAUUAUGGAAAAGCCUUUGCAUAUUAUUUGCAGAAAGCAGGGCUUGUUGGUACCUGCAUUGUACCACUAACAGCAGCAGAAAGUAAUGUUCUGCUGUUGAAGGAUAUGGGGAUAAAUGUGGAGCAGACUCCGACAUGGGAAAUGCAGGCAACAUUGGAUCAUCACAUUUUAGAAGAGGGAGAUAUUUUUUGCCACCCUUUUGAUGAUCUUCAGUUGAUCGCCGGCUUUGGAACGUGUGCACUGGAGGUUUUAGAUGCUGGUAUUGAGCCUGACGUGGUACUUGUGUCUUGUGGCAGUGGUGGACUGGUGGCAGGCGUGGCUGCUGCACUUCAGCUGGUUUCCCGAAAACCAGUAUUGGUGUAUGCAGUUGAGCCAGAAGGAUCCAACACAAUGUGGGAGAGCAUGAGAGUAAGACAUGCAGUGACAAAGCCAUCUGUACAAUCUGUAGCCAGUGCACUCUCACCACCUUGUACAGGUAAGCUGUGCUAUGCUCACUGCAAGAGGUAUGUGGAAGAUGUCAUCCUUGUCUCAGACAAGGAAAUCAUUGAUUGCAUGAAGAUUCUUCUUGAUCGAGGCAUCAAAGCAGAACCCUCUGGAUGUGCAGCCUUAGCGGCCAUACUGAACCACAGAGUACCAGAUGUGGAAGGAAAAGAUGUGUUGGUUCUCAUCUCAGGUGGCAAUAUUUCUGUGGAAGAGCUGCAUUUCCUUAUUCCCAAAUGAUCUGCAUGGUUGCUGAGUUUCAAAGUGACUACCUGCCAGAAGCUCAAGCAGACAGCUGGCUGGUGAAACAGAUAAAAAAUUAUCUCAUCACCAGAGAAAAAGUAACUGCCGCUAAGAAAAUAUUUUUUUCUUUUAAACUGUAAAUGUUUGAUGCUGCUCACAGUAAACAAUUUUGAUAGUGUUACCCAAAAGUGUAAGGGAAGUGAUUUAUGAGAAUAACAGCCUCCCGCCAAAUUUCUUUUGCAUUUUUUCAUUGCUUAGAGCCCUCUGGUAUAGAGGAUUUUAUUAUCAUGAAUUGAUGUCACAUUUAUUAAUCAUGAAUUUUGUCAUUUGUUGAUUAAAAUUCAUAGAUUUGUUCUAGUUUUAUUGGUUUUUCCUUGUAUUUUUAAUGCCAUAUAUUCAUCACAGGUUUUUUUUUUGUUUUGUAUAUUUAAUGUACUAAUGACUAUUGCAACUGAUGUUUUGUGAUACAUCAAUCAAAAUAUGUGAUACAUUUUUUUUUUCUUUUAAAUGACGUUAAAGACAGAAGUUUUCUCUUAAAUAACUUCCUGAAAGUCUUUAACAGGUAUGGUCCAGCAGAAGUCCAAGAAAUAUGAUAUGUGCAUAUUUAUUGUUUGUUAUUAUUUCCAAAUUUUAACUAUUGCUAUAGUCAGUGGUCGGGUGGGGUGCAUGGUUUCCUUCCUUUUGUUUGCACUGGCUAUUUGAUGACUGGUUGAAGGAUACUGGGUGCGUAUGUUUGUCUAAUGGCAUCCCAGGUUGUAUGUCGUGUGUGUGUGAAUGCACGAAGGGAACAAGAACUUAUCGGGCAUGAUCUCAAGACGAACAGAACACUUGUUCAACUGACAACAGUCGACACGUCUCCGGCUUCAAGGCCACAAACGGGAACAUUCUUUAAGACCGAGACAUGAAUCAGGAGAGCAAUGUUUGGGAGAGUCGUGACACUUGGGUUAGAGACCAUUGCUGUAAGGGGUCUGUGACAACGGAACGUCGAUCGGUACUGCAAAGGAUUACUCGACCUCAUUUGGGGCUACCUGUGAGAAGUUCCAAGGCUGGCAGAAACUGCCUUUCUCAGAGAUGAGGGCAGCUUCAAAGCAUUGGGAUGAGAAGGAUUAUAUUGCAACAUUGCGGUGUUCCUUCGGCGACUGUAUAUAGCAUUUUGUUCAUCCCAAAGUGUACUACUGUGUGCUGUAAACAGUGUAGUUGGGUAGUUAGCUGUUGUUGUCGUCAAAGAAGCUACAGGUACAUCACUAUAGCUGUGUCGUCAGUUGUUGCUCUCUGGGGUGGUUGGCAGACAAAGUGGAGAAGUGAUGACGCGGACAGAUGGGGCACUACAAGUGGAGUCACUGGCGUGCUGCGACAGUUGGCUUGGCCUGCAACUUAUCACCCCAAGUACAAGUAAAGCUAUGACAACUGCCAGAGCUAAGCUGUGCAUAUUUAUGCAAGGGUGUGUAGUGGUUAUAAUGGGAGUCAUUUACAGCACUCUAGAUUAUAAGUACAGAUAGUGUUGCGACCCCUUUUAAAUGAGCCCAAUUGUCGCACGUAUUUUGCAUGGUUAAUAAAUCUUGUGAUUUGGUUCACACAUCAUUAAGUCUGUUGUUCGAGGAAGAGCAUCAGUGUGGCUCGUCAAUUCUGUGAUGAGAUUUUAAGUUACUGACACCUUUGUGCCACUCCCAGGGGCCAUUGUAAAGGCAGGAACAUUGUAACCAUAUGGAGCUUCUUAAAAGCUAUGCAUCUAUUUGUUUAAAAUAAGGUCAGUAAUAACUAAAGAUGUGCCUGAAUUGUAAGAACCUAAUAAUAAACAUGGUACAGAAAGUC